ACUUCCGCUUCCCGGCCAGCCAGCGCCCGCGAUGACUGCCACUCUCCGCCCCUACCUGAGUGCCGUGCGGGCCACGCUGCAGGCUGCCCUCUGUCUGGAGAAUUUCUCCUCUCAGGUUGUGGAGCGACACAACAAGCCGGAAGUGGAAGUCAGGAGUAGCAAAGAGCUCCUGUUACAACCUGUGACCAUCAGCAGGAAUGAGAAGGAAAAGGUUCUGAUUGAGGGCUCCAUCAACUCUGUCCGGGUCAGCAUUGCUGUGAAGCAGGCAGAUGAGAUUGAGAAGAUUUUAUGCCACAAGUUCAUGCGCUUCAUGAUGAUGCGCGCAGAGAACUUCUUUAUCCUCCGAAGGAAGCCUGUGGAGGGCUAUGAUAUCAGCUUCCUGAUCACCAACUUCCACACAGAGCAGAUGUACAAGCACAAGUUGGUGGACUUUGUCAUUCAUUUCAUGGAGGAGAUUGACAAGGAGAUCAGUGAGAUGAAGCUGUCGGUCAACGCCCGUGCGCGCAUCGUGGCCGAGGAGUUCCUCAAGAAUUUUUAAACCACCUGGCUGGAUCUCGUGGCCUUCCCCCUCAGACUCCCUCGUGUCUCUGACGGCGUCCUGGAGCGACUUCCCAGAGCUGUGGCAGCAGCGAGAGUGGCAACGGAAGAGCAGCAGAGGGGCUGGGGCGGGGUGGGCACUGGAUGCGGGCGGGGUGUGUGCUUGCUAGCUGGGCGAGAGAGUCGCAGCGGACCUGUCCCCGGGCCGCGUGUGCCCGGUCAGGCUGGCUUCUGAUGUUCAGUCCCCUGGGCUGGGACAGAUUUUUUUUAAUGUCUUGAGACUUAAACUCUGUGCUUGUAGGAGACUGUAACCUUUUGUCUUUUUUUUUUGUUUGUUUUUGAACAACCAACCUCCACCUUCAGUGGCUGUGACUGGUCCCAGUGAUUGUACCGUUUUGGUCGCUGUGGGUCUGGGCGGGCCUGGAGCCAGAAGGCGACUACUGUUCCUCCCCCGGGCCUCCCCUGUCGGGAGGCGGGGAAGGUUUCAGCCUCCAGUACCUCCCUUGCCCUCUUCUUCCCAAGCCUCCUUGGGCCCAGUAGAAGCAGUGAAGACCCUCCACCAGCUUCCUGAGCUCUGCCUGAAGAUGACCACCCAGCCCUGGUGGUGGGGGACGGGCUGAGCCGUCGUUGACCACCAGCCUUGCCCAGGAACUGGGGCCCGGAAGCUGGCAGGGGCCAGCUGAGAGGAGCCCUCGUUCUGCCUUGUCUAGGCGCAGUGCCUGUGCUGCAGCGCCCAGGCCGCCGCCUGCUCUGGCGCCUCUGUUCCCAUGCUUGCUGUACCUUUUCUGAUUCUGGUGAAUCCGCCUUCCCCUAAUUAAAGUCUUGCCCCUUGGGGCUGCAUGAGGCCUGUGCUCUGUGU